AUGGUCCAUCCGAGACCGCCUUUUACUUGCACUGUGCACCUGGAAGACCUUAGAUCUUGUUUUGCUAACCUCCCCAAUUCCAUUUGCGACGUUAUCCUGCGUAGAAAUGCGCCAUUGCAAGAUUCUGUAAUAGAACUUACCUGGACGGACAAAAAAACCGAGAGACAUGCUUAUGUCACAUGGUCUGGCCGUCCGAGUGGAUUAAAAGGCGGGUUGAAUAAUGGUCGUUAUGAUAAAGAAGAUAUCAUUGAACUUGAUGUCGUGUUUGCCAAAGCGAAUGGUAUACCUCAUGGACAGUUGGUUAUCUUAAAAGUGAUGAAAGAUAUAAAAGAGGCCGAUUAUGUAAAUGUUGAACCAGCAGAUGAGAAUGAUUAUGAGAUUGUGGAUUCUCGUCAGUCGUUUAUUGAAAAUAAUUUAUUAAAGCAAUUGUUAGUAGUAUAUUCUGGAGAGAUUGUGCCAAUAAGAGUCAAUUCAAAUCUCGUUCACAUCAGUAUUGGUGAUCUGAUUCCAUCCUCAAAAUAUGCCAAAAUCUCAUCUAAAACGGAAGUUGGCGUCAAACCCAUAUUACGUUCUUCACAUACCUCCACGUCGUCAGCUAAUGGGUCACAUUUAUCCAAUUCAGUUCGAAGUUAUGGUCUUCGCAUACUGCCACAAGGAUUUCUCUCAGAUGACGACGGUCCAAAUACAAUACAUGUGUCCACAACCAACUAUCCGAAUUUACCGCUAAUGCACAACAAUUUGGCACAGAUAUCAAAAGUACCUCAACCACAGUAUAAUACAAGGCAAGACCAUGAAGAGAAAAACGAUGGUGAAACUGGUACUGCAGGAAAUGGGAGUCUAUGUGUGGCAGUAAAGGAAAAUGCAAAGGUGCCAACUGGUCAUGUAUACGUAACUGAUGUCAUCAGAGAAAGCGUUGAUUUAGAAACAUUUGGAAUAUUAAGUUCUGCGAUGGAUAUACCACCUAAACUUGCUGGAGUAUCAAAUCUCACAAAAAGAUUGGAGACAUACUUAAAAUCGUGUCUUGCCAAAGUCAAACUAAAAUCUGUCUUAGCAGUUCCUGGACUUGGUGGAAUACUACUUUGCGGUGGACACGGAUCAGGAAAAACAGCUAUUGCAAAGACUGUAGCCUAUUCACUGGCGCUUGAUUAUGAGACUUUAGCCCACUGUGUAAUAGUGAAAUGUGCUGAUGCCACUGAAGAUCGUAUUUCCACUGUAAAAGAAAAGCUGCAACAAUGUUUUGAUGAAGCAGCUUGGCGAGCCCCAAGCAUUGUUUUGUUUGAUGAUCUGGAUCGAUUGAUACCGGCAGAAGUCGAGCACAUGGACUCAUUCAGAUUUCGUCAACUGGCUGAAUGCUUCUAUCAAAUUGCUUCCAGGAUGACAAAGCGUCACAGAAUAGCUAUAUUUGCUACUGUUCAACAACAGACUUCGGUGCAUUCAUACUUGACAGUGAGCCACCUGUUCAGCGAGAUUGUGCAUCUGCAUCCGCCAACAAAGGCGGAACGAAAGGAAAUUAUGGAAACUAUAAUGUCAUCAGGUCCACCGAUGGCUUCGAAUAGCAUUUCCAAGAUUGAUUUAUUGUCAGUUGCGAGUAGUACUGAUGGUUAUCUUGCUGCUGAUUUAAAAUCAGUCGUUGAGAGGGCAAUCCAUGAAGGCGUUGUAAGGCAGUUAAACGCAAGAUAUACUGGUGAAGGCGAGCUGUCACUAGAUAAUGGUGAACUGACCGAGGAUGAUUUCAAGAAAGCUCAAGAGGGAUUUGUCCCUGUAUCAUUACGUGGAGUUAAGCUUCAGACAUCAAGUGUCAAUUGGUCUGAUAUCGGCGGAUUGAAGGAACCGAGAAGAAUUUUAUUGGAAACAUUGGAAUGGCCUACAAAGUAUGCUUCCAUAUUUGAAAAUUGUCCACUUCGUCUGCGCUCUGGAUUACUUCUAUAUGGUUACCCAGGAUGUGGAAAAACACUUUUGGCGUCCGCAGUUGCGAAGGAGUGCGGGUUAAAUUUCAUUAGUGUUAAGGGACCUGAAUUGCUAAAUAAAUAUAUUGGUGCUAGCGAGAAAUCUGUCCGAGACUUGUUUGAAAAAGCUCAAGCUGCCAAACCUUGCGUUUUAUUCUUUGAUGAGUUUGAUUCAAUAGCACCAAAGAGAGGUCAUGAUAGCACAGGAGUAACUGACAGGGUCGUAAACCAGAUGUUAACUCAAAUGGAUGGUGCUGAAGGCCUCGAUGGUGUAUAUGUGCUCGCGGCAACAAGCCGACCAGACCUUAUUGAUCCUGCCUUAUUGCGUCCGGGUCGUCUUGACAAGUCGCUGUUUUGUAAUAUGCCCACUCUUGAUGAGAGAAAAGAGAUCCUUGAUGCUCUUGCGCGUAAAAUGCAUUUAAGUUCCGAUGUUGAUCUCGCGUUCUAUGCUGAGAAAUGUAAUGAUUAUUCUGGUGCAGAUCUCCAGGCGUUGCUUUACAACGCAUAUCUUGAAGCCAUUCGCGAUGUUAUUGAUGACAGUGCAAGCAUCAAACAAGAUACAACUAAAUUCCCAGAGAGCAAAAUAACCAAAUUUACAUCAUUUGCAGCUGGCAUUGAGAAAAGUGGACCUGUUUUAACUGCUGCUGAGAGAGAACAGAUUGGCUCAAGACUUGCCCUAAUUACAAAGGAAUACGUAUCACACGGGACACCUGAAAUUAUUGAUCCAAAACUUCCAGAAAAGCAGAUGGCGAUUAUUACAAAUGUCCACAUGAAAUCUUCGUUGAAAAUAACACGACCAUCAAUUACACUAUCAGAAUAUCUCCGACUAUCUGAAAUGGAAUUUCUAACUGGCCGCAACGGAGAAAUGCCAAAUGGAAUGGCGACCGAUGAGUUUGGUCAACGUGCAACACUAUGUUAA